AUGGUUGCUGGGGCUUCUGAACGACCUCAAGGUAGAGGCACUAGGGAAAAGGGCAAAGGUUGGCAACGAAGCAAGUCCAGCACUUAUGACUAUGGCUCCGAUUUCUACUUUUCGGAGGAAAAAGCGAACCGCCAGCGACGCGCUCAAUCCUCGAUGAGUGGUCGAAGAACUGACAAAAAUAGCAGUUUCUAUGACAUUGGCAAGUUCACAACACCGUGUGGUCCUGCAAGACAACCGCGAAAAAGGAGAGCUUCUGUUGAGGCUGUUGUGAAAAGUGCCCGCCCCGAUGCAGUAAUGACUCAACCUCCUAUUAAUGUCGGCCCACCAAUACAGAAAAGAUUCCAAACAGUGAAAGAAAUCGAAGGCAGAGAUGCACUUACACCAAAUAAGGCAAUUGUCGGGCAUACGGAUAUCAGUAGGGAUAAAAAUUUCCAAAAGCCAUUGGUUGUUGACAGAGAAGGCCCUAAAGCGCGUUCUUAUACUCCAAAAUAUGAAACGCUCGGAGCCGAACCCAUCUUUUUCCCACUUGAAGAACCCGAGCAUGACAAAAGAACAUAUGCUCCUAAGUAUCGUUUAAUGGAGAUGUUGGUCACAACGGAAACUUUCAAGGAACGUCUUAGAGAUCGUGCUGAGGAAGAUUUAAGCUUCGCAACUAGCGAUACGCAGCCAUGGGAAGUCUACAGCUCAUGGACUAUAGAACCCAACCACGAGUACAUUAAUGAAUUGCGCAUUGAGUUGAGACAGAGUGAGGUUCAAGAAAAUCGCAUUAUACCAGGUCGAGUGUUCUUCAGCUUAAAGAAACCCGCUACCAUCGAUUCCAUUCACAUCGAUAUUAACAAGACCCUCGCUAAGACAACUCCAAAAGGCGACGUUUUUGUUAAACCACUUGAUGAGAGGGGAAUCACGCCAGAGUUGAAACUCCUUCCAAAUCGUAGGCCAGCACUUAAUAUUCUCGAUGAUGAAAAUGCGCCAUCAAGUUCCACCCAAGAGCCUCCUCGUUCCAUUCCAAGUGAUUUCGAUCUGAUUGAAACCGUUCCAAAGAGAAUAACUCUUCCAGCAGGCGCAAACGAAGUUAAAUUUGACCUCUUUGUUCCUGAAAAUCAAGUUCCCUCCUUCAUCUACGCUUCUCUUGAUGGCAAAACAGUCAUCAACAACUACUCGGCUGAAGCUGCAGUACGCAUUGGAAAUAAUCUCGAAAGAACCGGUCGGGUUCCCAUAAAGGUUCCAGCACUCGGAGAAAGAAACAUUGGCUAUGCUGAUCGCGACAAUAACUACGAUCUCUUGUUGUUUAACAAGUACUUCAACGAUACAGAAGGAUUCGAUUACUCCGUGGGUUACAAUAAACAAGAAGGAGGUUACGACAAGCCAAAGAAAGUUCAUGCUACUGUUAUACGUAUUGUCAGGUGUCCCCAAAUCGGUCUUAAUGAUAGGACGACAGUUGCAGACUUGGGAUCUACAAAAGAUACUUCAAGCAAAUCUAACGAAGUCCUCAGAAAGUUCCAAGACAAUUUGAAGACACAACCUCUGGUUCCCAAGACUGAGUGGGAUUCAAGCCACUACGACUUGGACAAUUAUAUUAGCUCCACUACCCCUUCUGUCGCCGUUGAUGACUUCUCUUGUACCUACUACAUAGAGAUCCUUGCUGAUGGGGAGAGGUAUGUAGGCCCAAUUAUCAAAUGUGACCGUCUUGUGGAUAGGCCGAUUGUUCGAAACGACAUCGGUCCUUCUGCAAUGAGAAAUGACUUCAAAAUCAUCAUAUAG